UUUCCCACAAGGCCUUGCGCUGUCAAUAAGGAAAUCGGUUAGGUAAAUACCGCUUCCUGAUAGGCAAGUGUUCCAGCUGUAAACACAGCUUAAAUUCUCGAUAUUUCAACAGUCGUCAGUCGUCUUUAGAGAUGUGGAGUGUUUGUAAAUGAGGCAGCAGAUGCAGCGGGGUGGUCCUUCAUCUCCCCGGUGUUCCUCCACCUCAGAUUGCUUCCCCCUCGGCCACCUCAAUACAGCCAAAUGUGGAAGUGAGACCUCAGCUGAACCAGAGAAACACGAAGUGAAAGCAAAUAACACCCAUACAGCUCUCUCCAGGAUGAGUUCCAUCAUGAUCUUCUACAUAUGCUACCUGCUGUGCCUGGGCCUGGGCCUGGCCUGUGUGGUGUGUGUGUGUUACUGGAGCGAACGGUGGCGUGGCGGGUUUGCCUGGGACGGCUCUCCCCUGCAGUUCAACUGGCACCCCGUCCUGAUGGUCACAGGUCUGGUGGUGGUGUAUGGCAUCGGAGCUGUGCUAUACCGCAUCCCCCUGACCUGGGGUCAGAAUAAACUUCCCUGGAAGCUCCUUCAUGCUGCACUGAUGCUCAUCGCCCUGGUCCUGUCAAUCGUGGGGCUUUGUGCUGUGUUUGAUUUCCACAAUGCCAAUAACAUCCCCAAUCUCUACUCCUUGCACAGCUGGAUUGGAAUUGCUGCUACAGCUCUUUUCGCCAUACAGUGGGUGGUGGGUGUGGCUGGCUUCCUCCUUCCCUGCUCCCCCAUAUCACUACGGAAACUCCUGAAACCUGUCCAUGUGUGGAUGGGAGCCGGCAUACUGACACUCAGCAUCGCUGCCUGCAUCUCUGGAAUCAACGAGAAACUCUUCUUUGUUCUUAAAGGAGGCAGUCCUGAAACUCUGCCAUAUUCUGCCCUCCCAAGUGAGGCCUUGUUAGGAAAUUCAUUAGGAGUUUUGAUUGUAGCCUUCGGUCUGGUUGUCCUAAAGAUUUUGUCCAACCACAAAUGGCAGCGACCUGACUCUCGGCCUGAGGAUAUGGCUUACACGCCAUUGCUUCAAGAAGAAAAUGAAUGAUGGAAUGACUGCUCACCGCAUCAAACCCAGCCAUGCAAAAUCAGUUAAGCCAUCACAGAUCAGUAGAGGCCAGGAAAUUUCUAUUCUGAAUGUAAAAGCAGCUGCCUUGAGUGUGUGAGAAUUAUCUGUGUCUGUAAAUAUUUAUUUGAAAUUAUAUUUAAGAUUGCUUUUUUGCCCAAAGAAUAAAAAAUGUGUUUCAUCAAA